CCGCCUCCCUCCGCCCUGGCAACGCCGGGCUCCGUCAGGGGCCGUGAGGGCCUCAGCGGCGGCCGGGCCCGGGCUGAGCCUCCCCGCGGCCGGCACGGCGCUCGGGGCAGCGGCCGCUCCCUGCCCACAGCCUCCCGACCCCACAGUGAUUUCAGCAGCCAGUAAAUAAUAAAAAAGGAAAAACCCCAUAAAAAUGAUGUCAAGACAAGCUUUCCUGUGCAGCUUGGGCUCUCUGUACCUCUCCCUCCUGUUCAUCUUCCUGCUGAUGGACGUUUAUGCCAGGCCUGCCAACCACUCUGUGCUGAAGGAGAGGGCAGGGGAGGCCCGGGAGGAGAACGAGAUCCUGCCCCCCGACCACCUGAACGGCGUCAAGAUGGAGCUGGACGGGCACCUGAACAAGGAGUUCCACCAGGAGGUGUUCCUGGGCAAGGAGCGCGAGGAGUUCGAGGAGGACUCGCAGCCCCGCAGGAACAGGAGGAAGCUCGUGGGCAUCUUCUCCAAGGUGGAUAUAAAUAAUGAUAAAAAAAUCAGUGCCAAGGAAAUGCAACGUUGGAUCAUGGAAAAAACAGAUGAACAUUUCCAGGAGGCCGUGGAGGAGAACAAAAUGCACUUCAGAGCUGUGGAUCCUGAUGGGGAUGGUCACGUUUCUUGGGAUGAAUAUAAAAUUAAAUUCUUGGCAAGCAAAGGCUUCAAUGAAAAGGAAAUUGCAGAGAAAAUCAAAAACAACGAGGAGUUGAAAAUAGAUGAAGAAACGCAGGAAGUGCUGGACAACCUGAAGGAUCGCUGGUACCAGGCGGACAAUCCCCCCCCGGACCUGCUGCUGAGCGAGCAGGAGUUCCUGUCCUUCCUGCACCCCGAGCACAGCCGGGGCAUGCUGCACUUCAUGGUGCAGGAGAUCGUCCGCGACCUCGAUCAGGACGGGGAUAAGAAGCUGACCCUGUCAGAGUUCAUCUCCCUGCCCGUGGGCACGGUGGAGAACCAGCAGGCUCAGGACAUCGACGAUGACUGGGUGAGGGACAGGAGGAAGGAGUUCCAGGAGGUCAUCGACGCCAACCACGACGGCAUCGUCACCAUGGAGGAGCUGGAGGAAUACAUGGAUCCCAUGAACGAGCACAACGCGCUGAACGAGGCGCGGCAGAUGAUCGCCGUGGCCGACGAGAACCAGAACCACCACCUGGAGCUGGAGGAGAUCCUCAAGUACAGCGAGUACUUCACGGGCAGCAAACUCAUGGAUUACGCCCGCAACGUCCACGAGGAGUUCUGAGCUUCCUCCUCCCCCUUUCCAGAACUUUCUGUUCCACUCCCAACCCCCCCCACCCCCCCCAAAGAAAUCCAGGAUAAAAGGAUUCAGCCGAGCAGCGGGAAUUGGUGGUCGCGAAUUUGCGAUUUUCCGUCCGUCCCAGCUCCUUGGAGGGGAUUUUCCUGCUGGAAGGAAUGGUGGGAAUUCCCGGAUUCAGGUAGUUUUCCUCCUUGGUUUGGGGGCUUGAAGCCAGCUGGAAUUCUGCGUGGGAGGAUCUUGGAAUAUUCCCUGGUUUCCUUCAGCUGCUGAUGCAGGGCAUCCCAAGUAAAACUUGGGUUUUGGGAAGGGAACGGUGAUUCCAAGGAAUGUUUGUCCUCCAUACCCAAUUCCAUUUGGACGGCUCCUAAAAUAUUUGUUUUCCUCAGCUGCUGAUCCAGGGAAUCCCAAUAAAGGCUGGAUUUUGGGAAUUUUGGUGGUUCCAAGGAAUGUUUGACUUCCUGGGAAUAUCCACACUCAAUUCCAGUGUUUUUCUUAACUUCCUGAAGAGUUAUUGGGAAUUUAAUGGAAUUUUUUCAGGGAGCUGUGGGGAAGAACUUAUUUAAAAUGUUACAGAAAACCUUUUCGGAGCGAAUUUUAAAAAAUGAAAUAACAUUAAUUAAGAUUAAAUUAAUAUUAAAAUGACAUUGUUUUGUUGACAUCUGCACUGGGAAUGGGAGAUUAUGGCUUUAAAAUAUCAGAUUUUAGUCAAAAAUCAAUUGGACAGAAUUUAAGCUAUUGGACAGAGCAGUGGGAGUUCCCAUGGAGUUUGAUGGCUGCUUAAUUAAUAUUCAGUGCUAAAAUUAAUGAGCUCUAUGCUAAUUAAUGCUUUUAAUGAGCUGCUGAUGAUGAUUUGGGGGAAAUUCCAGGCUUUGGGUGAGCUCCUUCCCAAAUAAAAUUGACUUUUUCCCUCUGCUUCCAUCUUUCCUGGGAAAAACCCCUCUUUGGGAAAGAAUUCCUGGAAAUCUGAGAUGUUUUAUUUGAUUAAAUUUAUUCUUAAUAUAAUGUAAAUACAGGAAUUGCUGUCCCUCUUUCCCUUUUCCUGCUCUUUAUUUGAUGUUUUUAUUAAAUUCCUUGGAUAAAAGA